AUGUACAAAAAAAGAGAGAAAUGGGCGCAGUUUGGUUGUUAUGCACAAAUGACUUUUGAAUCAGCAACAGAGAGAUCAUUUUCAAGCGUGCGCAAACCUAGAAAGAUCGUCAAACAAAUAUUUUUGGAUUUGCACAGAAAAUUUCAGCCUUCUGUUUCAUUUCAAAAAACAAAGUUCGCAGAUUUCUAGGUAGAUUUCUAUUUCAGGUGCUGUCUAUAAAUACUUCUUAUGAGCAAAUAAAAU